GAAAAUGCCCUCGGCAGCAGCAGAGCCCGAGAGGCCGGAGCCAAGAAAGGAGCAGAGGAACAGAGCCCCGCGUGUGGGCGCGCCGGCUGACGGAGGGAUGAGGCGGCGCGGGGCGCGACAGCGGACGGAGGGAUGCAGCCGUCUUCCUCGCGCCGGGGGGAGCUGCGGUUCGGGGAUCUCUGGGAAAUCAGCGAGCGCGCCACCUGAAGAUCUCCAUGGCUAGCGCCGCGGAGCUCGGGUACACUGCCCCCUGUGAAUUCGAGUUCGAGUUCAUUUCCAGUUCAGCCGGCGACUGGCGACAGCUGGUAAUCCGAUUCCGGCAAGAACCAGGAGCUCUCCGAUGAAUAAAAGCGCUUGCGGUGGGGGCAGCGGCUCCAACUCGAUUCGCUCGCCUCCCUCCCCGAUCCCCAGAUCCAAUCCAGGACACGCCAUCGAUGGCGGCGAAGGUGCUCCAGCUCCGUAGCUCCGACGGCAAGGUGCUCGUCGCUCCGGCGUGGGACUAUCGCCCGGCCGCCGCCCAAGCCCUCCCGCUAGAGACGCGGGUGUCCUCGCGCGCCCUCGAGAGGGUGCUCCAGUACUGGACCAAGCACAGCCUUGCCAAGGCCACCGGUGAGUCCCGGGAGUCCCUGGCCCGCUGGGACGCCGACUUCCAGCGCCGCCUCGAGGAAGACGGCCUCGCCAAGGAGGCCGCCGCAGCCGCCCAAGAACUCCGCCGCUACGGCGUCGACCAUGGAGGGCGUCCCCAUCACCACGCCGCCACGGCCGCAUCUGAUGUCGCUGCUCCUGCCAAGGCGGCCCGUGUUGAUCCCGUCCGUGUCUGGUGUGUCAACCACGGAGAACGCAGCCAUGCGCCGGCGAUGCCCGGCUCCUUCGAUGCCUCUGAUACUGCCACCACCUUGCCGGCCGCUGCUGGUGCUGACCCCGGGGACGUCCGGUGCGCGAUCCGUGCCCGUGGGCGCCAGAUGGCUGAAGACGAGGAGUCCGCUUGCCACCACCGCAAGGGCCCGGCUUCCAAGGCUCCACUCUGCCUGCCUGCCACUGCUGCUGCGCCUGUGAAGAAGGUCUCUCGUCAGGUCGCUUCCAAGGCUUGCUCUAUCGUCGGCUCUACACCACUGCCUGCCACUGCUGCUGCGCCCAGUGUGCAACCGAAGCCGCAGAUCAGCAUGCGCGAACUGAUUGUGAACGCUCGCCUCACCAUGGCUCGCCUCGACAAGGCUCGCUCUGCCUCCGAAGAAGAGGCCAGCCGUCGGCGCGACAUUGAGCGCAGCCGAGCGGAGGCCCGGCGAAAGGUGGAGCAGAUGGUGAACACCGUGCAGUUCAACGACCCGUGGAUCCAUUACUCCGACGUGACCAAGUCCCCUGAGGAGCUGCUCCAAGCACGACAGCAAGCAUGGCGUUAUCAAGCUCACCUCCUCGAGAUGGCUCGUCGACGGGACUUUGCUGAAGCGAUGCAAAUCCACAGCACCAAGGAAGCAACCAAUUCCUUGGCUUCGUCCAGUGCAUUCUGCUGCUCACUGAGGCACAGAUCCAAUGGGUUCAUCUCUGAUUUCACAAUACUUCGUUUGAGUGGUGAUGCAACAUAACCAUGUUUGGGACAGUUACUGGUUAGAAGAUUUUUUUGGUUUGAGAUACAGCACUCUAAUAGUCAAGAAUGUGAAAAAGGUGGCAUCAUAUUGCGGCCAUCUGUCAAACUCACCACUGCCUGUCUCUGCUGCUUCACCUAGCGUGAAGGUGACUCCAGUUUCAACUCUGCGUGCUCAAAGGGGAAUGCGGGAUCUCAGCUGCAAAAUCCCGAAGCAAAACCGUAUUGUUGUUGCUUCACCAAACAAGCAACCUUUCUUGAGUCCGUGUCGGUGAACCUUCGAGUUAAGCAAGUCCUCAAUGUACCGAGUAACGAGUCAUGUUGUAAUAAAAAUUUCAGAUAUGAAUGAAAAAUUGUUGGCCUGAAUUUGGGCACAGCAUUUGAGUUAUC